AUGUGCAAAACUAGGACACAAAAAUGUUUAUAAACAAUUACGAAACGUAUAAAUAAUUAUUUGCAAUAACACUGUGCGCUUUUCGUAAGCAAAAUCUAACAAAAAUAAUCAAAAACCAUAAAAAUUGUCCUGAACAAAUUGUGCAAUUGAUAAAUGAAUUAUGAGAAGAAUUUAGCAAAAUAAUGAAGGAAUGCGUUAUAAAAUGAAAAAUAAUGAAGAAAUAAUGGAUAAUAAACCAUUAGUCACUUAUGCCGGAGACGAGACCCUUUUCACAUCCCUAGAAGCCUCUCUUGUAAACGGCAUACCACAGGACUCAAUCGAGUGGAAAAGGUCUUACGGUCGUGUCGUAAAGGCCGUCUGUGUCGAUGCCUCUUUUGUACCUUUUUGCAAAGAGGUCUUUGUCAGAACUACACCGAUAUGGAGUAUUAUAAACCAACCUAUACUGCACACGUAUUGGACGGAUUGCCCGGAUGUAGAAACCUACAAAACGACUACCAAAGACGACAUAGACCAAUGGCUAAAACAACUCCAUUCCCGAAACAUCCAGGACUGGAUGAUAGUCCUGGUAGAAAACUACGAUUUAAGGAAGAGCAACAAACUUUUGCCCAGGACUACCGUUUUGGACAAAUUAAGGAACGAUUUUGCGACUAAAAAUGGAGACCGAUUUUUAUCUGUCAUCAAUCCUUUGAAAUCGGAGAUCAAAUCGGCCGAUUCCUGGAGAGGAUUGUUGAUAAGGAUCAGACAUUUGAUGUUAACGGGGUAUAAUAGGAGUAUUAUGAAGUUUGAGGAGUAUAUUCGAGAGCAGAGGGAAAGGAGGAACGAGAAUGGGUGGAAUUUUUGCCAGUAUUUUUUGUUACAGGAAGAAUUGGCCUUCGUUUUCGAAAUGCUGGGCCUCUACGAAGACGCCCUCGUCCAAUACGACGAACUCGAUGCCCUUUUCACCCAAUUCGUCCUGAAUUCGCACAUUUCGAAUGGUCCAGCCUGGUUGGCCAGUUUUCAGAGGCCCUUACAAGCCUGGAAGGGCAUCAGGUUGUCACCUUCGGCCAAUCAGCAGGAACGAGACCUGAUUGCAACCUGCGAGGCUUCUUUGCUGGAAUUUCGAAGCUAUUUGUUCCAGAGACAGUGCGCUAUGUUGUUAUUGACACUCAAACCUUGGGAGAUUGCGCAGAGAUCUCUACCUUUCCUCCACAAUACUGUUCGAGAACUGGAGUUAUUAGAUAUUGCAGAUUCUGCUCCAGAAGGCGCAGCAGCCUGCUGGGUCUUCUUAUGCUGCCUGGAAGUUCUGCACACCUGCGAAAGAUUUAAUAACAGCGGUCACGUGGAGCAGUAUUCUUUGUACACGGCUGAUUUGUGGGCUUAUGCUAGCGAUAAGUUGAAAUCUCUGGGUAAACUCUGCGGCCUGAUGCCAGGCUGCAGUCCUACUUCAACGCAACUUCAUGCCGUCGUCAACCUUUCAGCAGGAAUGGGCGAUUGUCCUGGUACGAAGCAGCAGCCGUCGCCGACUGAUAAGCUGAAGGAGGCUUUGAGUUCCAAUGAUGCUUUUCAGAGACAUUAUUUGGAAUUAGCAGAACUAGCAAUGGGUACUUACAAGCACAUAGGGCGCAUUAGAAGCGCUCGGCUGAUCGGUUUAGAUAUCGCCAGAUUUUCAUCGGAUAUCGGACAGAUGAAUAAGGCCAUUGUAUUUUUAAAUGAUGCCCUAAGGGCUUUUAGUGAUGAAGGAUGGAGGACUUUGGUGGUGCAGACACAACUCGAACUUGCUGCUUGUUAUAAGAAGAUGAACGACUUGGAAAGGUACAUCCGAGUAUCAGCCGCCAUAUCGAGCUCUCAAGAACUGGAAAUUCUAGUCCGUCAUUUCUACUUCGAAGAGAUGACAAAAUCUCUAAAACAACUACUAGCGAAAAAAUCAACUUCUCUCAGCGAUCAACCCCAAUCGAACAUCCUGUCCGACCUCUCGGAUGUCUUUACAAUAAAAUCUUUAAAAUUAAUGCUGCCUGAUACCUGUACUGUGAUGCAGGACGAGACCGUAGAGACUGAAUUGAGACUGUAUAGUAGAUUUCCGAAGGAGAUCUAUGCGGAUUCUGUGGCUGUUUCUUUGGAGUUUAAAAAAGGGUUGGAUAACAAAAGUUGUAAGAAGAGGGAGGAGAAGCCGAAGGCGGCGGAGGAGAAGAGCAGUCGGGUUAAUGGGGAUGCGGAGGAUGAGGAGGGCUGUGAUAGUAAAGUUUUAAGGAAUAUCUUAACCGCAGACGACCUCAAACAAGAAAACAUCCUGGUCGCCCGCAUCAGCAUCGCAUCACAGCUCGAUUACAGGCAGGACGGCGUCUUAGGCUCCGUAAGCGCCUCGUGCCAAAACACGCGAACUUUGAGGCGAUCUAGUAGCACCAAAAACAGAAAGUCAUCUGAUACUACCCAUCGACAGGAUUUUACCAUCAGUCUUACGAAUAAUGGACAUUUGGUGGUUAUACCAGGACUGAAUGUGAUAAAGUUGGCUAUUAAGGCGACGAGGGUUGGGGUUUUUAGACUGGGGCAAGUGUCGGUGGUCGUGGGUGGUGGAUUGGAGUUUUUGUCGCAGGUGCUCAAGCCUGGUUUGGAGUUUGAGGUUGUUACGGAACCGGCCAAGGCGGUGUUGGAUAAGGUUGAUUAUCAUCUGUUGGCAGGGUUUCCGCAAAGGAUGGUCCUCACAGUAAACAGUGGCAGUUUCAGAAUCGCCGAAAACAGUUUCAUAACCAUGAAAAUGUCAAAAGGGCUACUGAUGAAAUGCGAAGGUUCUGAGGAGGAUUUUGCAAGAGAAUUCAAGAUUCCCUUAGAAAUCAGCGAGCCCUUUCAGAGCACCAAAGUCGAUCUUUUGGUUUUGGCUGAGCUGCCACCGAGGAAAGACGAUCGAUCUGUGGAACACAAGGUUUCGAUGUUAUGUCCUUGGUCCAGGAAAGAAACAACAGUGCCCCUCCACUUCCCGCCGCCCUUCCUGAGCGUCUGCAGGCUGCACACGUCGCAGGCCAGAAAAUUCGUCCAGGUGUCGGUUCGGGGUCUUCACGAUCAGAAAGUGGCCCUUAAGAGGCCACAACUGGAGUGCAAAGUAGAUGGACUGCUUUUGAGGGAUUUGAAUCCGGGGGCUGAUCAGAUACUGACGAUAACCAACGGAAUAACAGCCUCCUUCAUGUGGGAACUGGAAAUCGAACCACUCCAAAAGCACCAGACCAACAUCAAAAUGGACUUUAGCAUCCUGUACGCACCAGUAGAAUCCCUUUUACCAUCACCAUCAAACCCUUCCCUUAAUACUCACGACCCCAACACCUCACCCUUCACCCAAUACACAUGUCCCUUCGACCUUAAGGACUACACAACCCUCUAUAUGGUCAAAUGCAAAGUGGAACCAAGUGUCGGCAGCGAAUUCUGUCGAACCAGGAGCAUGUGCCAUCUGCAACUCUCGGUUGCAAGGUUGCCAGGUUGCGAAAAGGAUGCGACGGCGUCUGUUAUGUAUGAAGUUUUGGCGGAUCAGACUAUGUGGGCGGUUUGUGGACGGACAGCAGGUGUAAUAACAGUGGACAAUUGUAAAGAACAAACAGUAACUUUAGAAGUCAUCCCUUUGACCGCAGGUUUUCUACCACUGCCCUUAGUGCGAUUAUCAAAGUACAUCACGGCCGAUCAGAGGUCUGGAGAUAAAACAGAUAACAGAAAGUCAGAUCCGAAUCAUUCUCAUCCUAAACUCGAACCAUUUGCACCAGGACAGGUUUAUAACUUUAGUAAGGCUCAGCAGGUUCACGUCUUGGGUAACAAUCCUGAAGGAAACUGACAGUGUAAAUAAAUAAA